AUGAAAGUAAAAAGAAUUGCAGUCAUUGGUGCUGGGGUCAGCGGACUGGGUGCUAUUAAGAGCUGCUUGGAGGAGGGACUCGAGCCUAUAUGUUUUGAAAAGAGCAGUGACAUUGGAGGACUGUGGAGAUAUGAGGAGACACCAGAAAGCGGACAUCCUGGAAUAUACAAAUCUUUGAUCUGCAACACUUCCAAGGAGAUGACAGCCUUCAGUGACUACCCUAUCCCUGACCAUUACCCCAACUAUAUGCACAACUCCAAACUGAUGGAGUAUCUCAGGAUGUACACCAGACACUUUGGGCUUCUGAAACACAUCCAGUUCCAGACAAAAGUGUGCAGUGUGAGGAAACGGCCUGAUUUUUCAUCCUCUGGACAGUGGGAUGUUGUGGUGGAAGCUGAUGGGAAAAAGAAAACCUAUAUCUUUGAUGGAGUCAUGGUCUGCAGUGGUUACUACAAUGAAAAGUAUAUGCCCUUACAGGAUUUUGAAGGGAUCGAGAAGUUCCAAGGCAGAUACCUCCACAGCUGGGAGUACAAGCACCCAGAGAGCUUUGUGGGAAAGAGAGUGGUCGUGAUUGGCAUUGGGAAUUCUGGAGCAGAUGUGGCUGGCGAGAUCAGUCGUGUUGCUGAACAGGUUUUCCUCAGCACAAGACGAGGGUCAUGGAUAUGGCACCGAGUUUGGGAUAAUGGGAAUCCCUUAGACACGGCUCUUUUCACCCGUUAUAAUCAAGUUCUCCAAAAAUUCUGUCCCACAUUCAUGAUCAACAGAUGGGCAGAGAACAAACUAAAUGCAAGGUUUAACCAUGCUAAUUAUGGACUGCAGGCUAAACACAGAUAUCUGAGUCAUCAGUUGACUUUCGGUGAUGACCUGCCAAACUACAUAAUUACUGGAAAACUACUGAUGAAAGCAAAUGUGAAGGAGUUCACAGAGACAUCAGCCAUCUUUGAGGACGGCACUGAGGAGCGCAUAGAUGUUGUCAUUUUUGCCACAGGCUACACUUUCUCAUUCCCUUUCUUGGAGGAUGAGCCAGCAAUCCUGGACAGCCAGCAGUCCAUGUUUAAAUUUGUCUUCCCUCCUCUGCUAGAGAAGCCAACACUAGCUUUCAUUGGCAUCCUCCAGCCAAUGGGAGCCACCAUUCCCACGUCAGAGAUCCAAAGCCGAUGGGUUACACGUGUGUUCACAGGACUGAAAAAGUUACCAUCAGGGAGUGACAUGAUGGCUGACAUCAACAAAAGGAAAAGGAUCACGGCAAAACAGUUUUUGGAAAGCCCUAGAGACGCACGCCGAGUACAGUUUAUCGACUACAUGGAUGAGAUUGGUUCUGAGUUAGGAGUCAAACCCAAUCUGCUUUCUCUCUUCCUUUGGGAUACAAAGCUGGCCAAGGAGAUCUUCUGGGGGCCCUGCACUGCAUACCAGUACCGUUUACAAGGGCCAGGGAAAUGGCCUGGGGCUCGGGCAGCCAUCCUCACUCAGAGAGAACGGAUCCUCAAACCCCUGAGAACCCGUGUACUCAAACACCCUGAGGCUUCUUCAUCUAGUCUAUUUUGGGUCAAAAGUGCUUGUGCUGUCCUUUUUCUCUUUGUUCCCAUAUUAGUCAUCUUGCAAAUGAUGUAUCAUUAA